AUGACGAGUGCUUCCAGUUCCCCCGACCAUUCUCGCAAUUCCAGCUCCAGCAAGAACGUGAACGGUACUGCGUCCAACGGCAAGCCGAAAACUGAUAAGGAUGCCAAUUUGAUGCCCCCUCCGAAGACUGUUGCCGGAAGAGCGCUAGGGAAUGACCUGCAUUCCGAUUCCCACAAGCAUUCGCGGCCAUCCAGGGAUGGUGUCGGAUUCGCCCUAACAGACACUCCGAUUUCUACCGCACCUUCGUCUCCACAGUUUGUCGCUUCAAGUCAGGCUUCGACACCAAGCCGUGUCCGUGCGACCACCCUUGAUAUCCCCGGCCUUACCAAAUCUAAAGUCUCGCCUGAUGGACGAAUUGCUCAACGGGACCUCGGCGCCAAGCUGGUCAUCGUCAUGGUCGGCCUGCCUGCCCGAGGCAAGAGCUAUGUCACGAAGAAACUCGCUCGUUACCUGAACUGGCUUCAACAUGAUACCGAGAUUUUCAACGUCGGAGAGCGUCGCCGUGUGGCUGCGGGGAAGUCGCCGGCUGCACCUCACAGGAAUAGUUCUGUUCAGCAGGAACUUGUUGACUCUGUACGGCGUCUCAGUGUUAGUGUCGGUGGGAUGACCUCUGCGCAGAAUGAAACGGUUCCUGCGCCACAGAAUGAUUCCCCUCCUGAGCUCAACGCUCUACCACCUCCUGUUGUCCCUCCUACUAAGAUUCUAGUCAAUGGAAAGGAAGCGGAUGGUCCCAUCGUUGUUCCUGCGAGCGAACUCCCACCUCAAGAUCAGCAAAAGAUCGUCGAGGCGUCUCCGGAACCAAUGGACCAGUCUGCAAACUUCUUCGAUCCAAAGAACCAAAAGGCUCUGAAGCUGAGAGAGCAAGUGGCAUUGGAGACGCUGGACGAACUGCUGGACUACGUUUUGGAAGAAGGUGGCAGUGUGGGUAUUCUGGACGCGACCAAUAGUACACUGGAGCGCCGCAAGGCCAUUAUGGACCACGUUCGCAAGCGUGCUGGCCCAGAGCUUGGGGUUCUUUUCCUCGAGAGCAGUUGCGAGGACCCCGUGCUUCUGGAAGCGAAUAUGCGCUUGAAGCUGUCCGGACCGGAUUACAGGGAUCAGGAUCCUGUUAAGGCUCUCGAAGAUUUCAAGAAGCGUGUCGCCUUGUAUGAAAAGUCCUACUUCCCCCUUGGGGACUAUGAGGAGUCGUUAAACAUGCCGUACAUCCGCAUGAUUGACGUUGGUCGCAAAAUCGUCUCACAUCAAACCCACGGUUUCCUUUCCUCCCAGGUGGUAUACUACUUACUCAACUUCAACCUCUCGCCGCGACAGAUAUGGAUUACUAGACAUGGCGAGAGCAAAGACAACCAGGCCGGGCGUAUUGGUGGUGACUCCGCACUCAGCGAGAAUGGCCAUCGGUACGCCGAGGCUCUCACGCGGUUCAUCAAUGAAAAGCGAAAGGAGUGGGAGUUAAAUCAGAGGCAAAAGGACAUGAUGUCGCAAAUGCCACCCCGUGCUGGAGACAGUACGCCCCCAAACCCCUCGUAUAUCCCUCGAGAUCGACCACGAAACUUCUGUGUUUGGAGCUCGAUGAUGCAGCGCACAGUCCAGACCGUCGAACAUUUCAACGAAGAUGACUACGAUGUCAAGCAGAUGAAGAUGCUCGAUGAGCUCUACGCAGGCGAAAUGGAAGGCUUGACGUACGAUCAGAUCCGCAAGAAAUUUCCCGACGAGUACGCAACCCGCAAGAAGAACAAGCUGUACUACCGCUAUCCCGGCCCUGGUGGCGAGGGAUAUCUGGACGUCAUCAACAGACUUCGAACCGUCAUCAUCGAAAUGGAGCGAAUGACCGACCAUGUGCUUCUUGUCACUCAUCGCUCCGUCGCACGUGUUCUCCUGGCCUACUUCCGCGGUCUAAAACGGGACGAAGUUGCCGAUCUAGACGUGCCUUUGGGGAUGUUGUAUAUGUUGGAGCCUAAGCCUUACGGAGUGGAGUUCAAGGCCUACCGUUAUAGUGCGGAGAGAGACACCUUUGACUAUAUCCCCGAUUUUCAACUCUCACAAGCAACUCAUCCUUAG